AUGAGCGAUAACACCCAGGACGAAGAGGUGCUAAAGCAGAUUGAGAGGGAGGUGCGAAUGCGGGAGGGGGCCAGCAAGCUCCUGGCAGCUUGCUCCAGGAGAGAGCAGGCCCUGGAGGCCUCCAAGAGCCUGCUCACCUGCACGGCCCGCAUCCUGGCCCUGCUCAGCCAACUCCAGAAGAUGAGGAACGCUCAGGUCCUCCAGAGAGUGGGACGCAGGCCAUCUGAAGAUGUUGUGCCAUGUUUGGGAAGAAUAUCCCUCUCAGACCUGCGAAUCCCUCUGAUGUGGAAAGACUCAGAGUACUUCAAAAACAAAGGAGAGCUGCAGCGGUGCGCCGUGUUCUGCCUGCUCCAGUGUGGCACAGAGAUCCAUGACACUGAUCUGGUGAUGGUGGACAGGACCUUAACUGACAUUUGUUUUGAAGGCACCACCAUAUUCACGGAGGUCGGUCCGAGCUUCCAGCUGCGCGUGGAGCUGUACAGCAGCUGCGCGGCGGAGGAGUUCUCCCCGGGUGCUCUAGGACCCAGGAGAGUGAGCUGCCUGGGGGGCUCAGUGGGAUGCUCCUCUGGGAAAAAGAUCCGCGCUGCAUUCGAGUUCGCAGCUGUUUGUGGCUCCAGUGGAGGAAAUGCGGCACCUGGAAGUGCGUCGCCCCCUUUAUCUCCGGACCUGUCAGCACUGGGGCCCAAGUAUAACCUGCUGGCUCACACCACACUGAGAAUCGAACACGUCCGGGAAGGUUUCAAGACGCACGAUUGGUCUCUAGCAGCAACAGAGGAUAAUCCAUUCUGGUUGCCUCUGUAUGGCAAUAUGUGCUGCCGCCUAGUAGCUCAGCCCCUGUGCAUGAUGCAUCCCAUCAUAAGUGGCCGGUUCGAGGUUAAGCUCGCAGACGACCUUAAUCGCUGUGAAAAUGUCUACGGCGUCCUCAGGGGCCAAAGUCUUCUCUGCUAUCAGAAUCAAGAAGACCAAGAGUCUGAGGAUGAGCCGUUACUCGUCGUGCCCAUCCAAAAGGAUACCGUCUGCAUGUCAGAGAGCGAUCUGGUCCAUUGCCAAAUUAUAAAUAUCAGCACAAGGCGUCAAGGAGAGGAUGUGACCUAUUUGCUGAGCAUGCAUGCACAUGAAGACAUGCAGCGAUGGGCCGAUGCCAUCAGUCAACACGUCUACAACAUGAGCCAGUGGAAGCAGUGUUGUGAUCAACUCAUGAAGAUUGAAUCGCAGAGCUCCAAGAAAGUCAUUCCAGUGAAGCAGGGAUCGCUUUACCAUGAAAUAGUAACACCCUCCUCUCCCGGAGAGGGUCUUGUGGUUCCGGAUUUAUCCGUCGAGAUCCGCACUUUGCUCUCUUCAUACUACAAGGAAAGUUAUUGAUGACCCUUCCAAAGUCGCAGUGGAGGAGCGAUUUUAUUCGUCCGUGGUCUAGGAAACGGACGGAUGGGGCAUGAAAAAUGGUUUCAAAAUCUGCAGGGAACAAGCUUACUGUUUAUGUCAGAUUGUUUUCUUUCAUUAUUUCUGUUUACCCGCCAAUAUUCAUGAAUAGAAAAUGAGAAGUAUUAAAAAGUGUGUCUGAAAUAGCAAGCCCCAAAAACUGACUGUAAAUGCAGAAAAGCCUUUACUGGACCAUCGUCUAGCAACGCUGUCGAUUUUGUUCACGUAAAGAGAGACCUACGAAUAAUUCAGUUGACCAUAAAUCAGUUCUGAACCAAACAACCUGCUUUCUCUCUGAUAAUUGAGCAGUCAUGUCGGGACAAGCGCUGUAGCCACGCAUCAAUACGAGUAUUUCAUGAUUUCAGUUGGAGUUUGCUCACACCAAUAUCACUAUAAAAAAAUAAAUUAUGAACAAUUAAACUGGUGUCUUCUUUCAUAAACAGGCUUGCGUAUUGAACC